AUGCAGCCCCUCAGCCUGCAGAACCUCUCCAUAUGUUUCCAGCUCCUCAUGUUCUCCUGUCAGACCCAGGGGGAGAAUCAACCGUCUCCUAAUUUUAACCAGUACGUGAGGGACCAGGGGGCCAUGACCGACCAGCUGAGCCGACGGCAGAUCAGGGAGUACCAGCUCUACAGCCGGACCAGCGGCAAGCACGUCCAGGUGAACGGCAAAAGGAUCACCGCCACCGCCGAGGACGGCAACAAGUUCGCCAAGCUCAUCGUGGAGACGGACACCUUCGGGAGCCGCGUCCGCAUCAAGGGGGCCGAGAGCGAGAAGUACAUCUGCAUGAGCAAGCGGGGCAAGCUCAUCGGGAAACCCAACGGCAAGAGCAAGGACUGCAUCUUCACGGAGAUCGUGCUGGAGAACAACUACACGGCUUUCCAAAACGCCCGCUACGAGGGCUGGUACAUGGCCUUCACCCGCAAGGGCCGGCCCCGCAAAGCCUCCCGCAGCCGCCAGAACCAGCGGGAAGCCCACUUCAUCAAGCGGCUGUACCGGGGGCAGCUGCCCUUCCCCAACAACGCCGAGCGGCAGAAGCAGUUCGAGUUCGUGGGCUCGUCCUCCCCCACCCGCCGCACCCGCCGCACCCGCGCCCCUCGCCCCCGCACGUAACGGCGCCCCUGCCCUCCUCAUCCUCGCGGCCUUCGGCCCCGCCAGACUCUGCCCCUUCGUCCCAGCACCCUCCAGCACUGUUUCUUCCCCACUUCUUCUUCUAAAGAUGCUCUAUUUUUAUACUCCUCUUGGGCAUGGCCAAUAGGUUGGGGAGCGCGCGGUCACUGGUGUCCCUUUGUCCCCGGAGCAUCCUAUGGCACCCACCGUCACCACCCAGUGCCUUUGCCCGUUCCCCUCGGAGACUUGUCCCCAUGCCACCAAGGGCUUGGGACCCCCAGCCACGUUCCCAUCCCCACAGACAUCCCUCUGAGUGCCGGGGAUGGAUGGGACCGGCCACGAGACUGCGGGAUGUCCCCGCCGGAGCGGGAUGGGGAGACUGUCCCCAGGCCCGGGACUGUGGGAUGCUGUGCCCGUCCCUGCGAGGGAUGGCAGGGCACCGCGGGCGGACGGGUGGUGGGGAUCGUGGGGUGCCCGUCUGUCUGUCCGUCUGUCUGUGCAGCUCCAGAGGGGAGGCGGGGGGUGCGGGGGCACGCAGACCCCGUGGCCAGCACUUGUAUCCCCGCGGCCGUGGGGUCUCUGCCUUAUUUAUUGGAGGGGAAGGUCUGUGCCCUCGCCCGGUGGCACCGGGGCGCUGGCAGUGUGGGGACACGCAUGGGUGCCCACCAGGCUCCGCUGGCCAAAGAGAAACUGCCUUUAGGUUAUUUUUAUUUUUGGUUCGGUUGUUUCUGUGUUUUUACCAGCUCUGCUGUUUCCUUUAUGCGUCGGUUUUAGGCCUAAACAGUUAGA